UCAAUCAAUCAAGUAUGUUGCGAAAAAUCGCCAUUUUGUGUACUUUAAUCGGCGCCAUUUUGGCAAGUUGCGACAAAGAGAUCGUGAGGCCUGUGGAAUGGACUGGAGGCAAUUUCGAGUGGCCUAACGGGGCCACCAAGUCCAUUUAUCGCUCCUCGGGACGUUUUAUUCCAAAAAACGCUAUUGCAACCCGUGCCCAAAUCUACAAAGAUGACGUCAUUGUGGCCCUUCCCCGGUACAAGGCUGGCGUCCCUGCCACUUUGGCCAAACUAUCGUUGAAACACAAAGGAUGUGAGGCGUCUUUGACCCCAUUCCCGUGCUGGUCCACCCAGGAGGAGGGCAAUUGCAAUGCGUUGCAGUCAGUGGUGGAUAUUUUCGCCGACGCCAAUGAGGUUCUGUGGGUGUUGGAUGUGGGCGUGGUUAAUACUUUGGAGACGCCAAUCAGACGCUGUCCCCCGAAAGUGGUAGCGAUCUCGCUGCGAACCGGGAAGGUUGUCAAGACGUUGGAUUUAUCGGGAUUGGUGGCUCAAGCGUCGAGGUUGCAAUACAUCGCUGUGGAAUACGCCCCUGAUGGACGCCCCUAUGCUUACGUCAGCGACGCGGCGACUAGAUCUAUUCUAGUGUUUGAUGUUGCUGGGAAUAGGGGAUACAGGGUGGUGCUCCCGAAGGCCGUGGUCGGGAAUGGGAAACGGGAUGUUCUCUACAUUGCCCUCAUCCAAAAGGGAUGCGGAAACAAUUUCAUCCUUUUCUCCUAUCUGUCAUCGCCUAAAGUCUUCACAAUUCGGACGGAUUACCUCAGGGCGGGUUGCACAUCGGGAAAAAUCGUCGAUAGUGGUUCCAAAGACGGGAAAAUCAUCAUCCUGGGUACCGAUCUUGGUACCGCUGUUUUCUUCCGGUAUGAGGGUAAACCGGAAGUGUACCGAUGGGACGCCAACCUUCCUCUAGCUCCAGGACUCCCAGUUCUAGUCUACAAAUCCAAAAAGUGCUACUUGUCCACACACGCCAUCCCUGACCUCAAACGCGAAAGAAUGAGGAUCCUUGAAAGCAACUUCCCUGACUUUAUCCAAAACACUGUAGGCUGUGGAGCCUCACAAAGGGUGACUUUGAUGGGAGGCUGUGUUAAUCCCAAAAACCCAUUACCCGUACACACGUAAACUGAUUUAUUGUUGAUUUGUUGAAUAAAGACGAUAUUACAAGAAAA